AUGGAGGGAGAUUGUCGGCGUGCAAAAAAGAUCCUCAAUACAUUCUGCCCACAUGGAAAGAAUCAUGGCCUAGAUAAAGUGAUCCCGCCUAGCGUCCUUCGCAAGGCAAAGGGGUUUGCCAUCUUUACGAUCUACCGCAUUGGGUUCCUUAUGAGCGCGCGUGCAGGGACAGGUGUUGUAGUGGCCAAACUUCCAAAUGGUGAGUGGUCUCCUCCGGCCGCUAUUGGUGUCGGGGGUCUCGGCGGAGGAUUCAAUGCCGGCGCAGAGAUGGUGGAUUUCCUGAUCGUACUCAAUUCCAGUGCGGCUGUUCGAUCCUUCAUGUCAGCAGGCUCGAUCCAGCUCGGUGGCAAUCUAAGUUUAGCUGUAGGCCCACUUGGGCGUACAGGCGAAGCCAGUGCUGCUUUGAAUGCGGAAAUGGAGCUCUCCGCGAUGUACAGCUACAGUGUGAGUCGUGGGUUAUACGGUGGCGUGACGAUUGAAGGCACUGUCCUGAUCGAGCGAAAUGAAGUGAAUCAAAAAGCGUAUGGCCGUGCUGUGAAAGCAAUGGACAUCCUCGCGGGCAAUGUCGAUCCCCCCCAAUUUGCUUUGCCGCUGCUCAUGCGGAUUGAGGAAGUGGCAGGGACGGGCGGUGGACUGGACGAUGCAUGGUCCCUAGCUGACAGUGAUGAUUUUAGUGAUCUCGAUGUGGGCGAAGGGGGUGCAGGCGCCUAUAGUAGCCGGUAUGAGCCACGCCGAAAGCCGCCUGUGCCUCGUGGUGGCUACCGCUCGUCUAUACAGCUGGGCCAGGAUCCCAUGGAUGAUCUCGACAGGCAAUUGCAGUCGUCGAGUCUUGAUGGAUCUCGAUAUAAGCCAAUGUCACCGCCCUCUCGACCGCGUAAUACGAUUGUCAAGGAUGGCACGCUAGGUGUUACGUUCCAUUCGGCGCCGGGAGCCAGCCCACGACGGCUGGAUUCGAUUGGAAAAGGGUGUGGUAGUCGGAGAUUUACCUCCCCCACGACCGAGGCAGAUCCCUUUAGCGAUCAGCAUGCGGUGAAAGACACCUCGCCAUCACGUCCUUCCCACCGAGCGCCGCGUCUUGUAGUCAACGAGGACGACGAGGAGGCAACGUAUCAGCCCCGCUCCUUGGCAGCUCCAUCGGCCUAUGAGCCACGCCAUCGAUCGCCCGUACGAACUCAGAACCGCUUGGUGGAGGCGGACGCACCGCCCUCGAAUACGGUGCAUGCCAUUGAGUUAGUCGAUCCAUCCUUGCUAGACGGUGAUCUCGUGGUGGCGAUUCAUGACUUUGACGCGCAGCAAGAUUCUGACCUGUCGUUCAAGAAAGGCGAUAUCAUUCGUGUGCUGCAUCGCACAGACAACGCGACCGACUGGUGGACCGGCGAAUUGGUCGCUAACUACUCGGAUGGGCCAUCGCUUUCUGGCGAGUACGUAUGA